CCGGGGCAGCCUCUUCCUUGCCCCGCGUGCUAUCUGGGUGUUGCAUCACCUCGGGCCGCCGCCGCGUGGGUGUCGGCUGCCUCCUAGGCUUGCGGCCCCCCGGGGCUCCCCAGGUCUGACAAGAAGGAUCUCAUCUUGUUGUCAUCAACAUUCACAUCAACAGAAUGGUUCAACAAGUUCCAGAAAACAUCAAUUUUCCUGCUGAAGAAGACAAAAUUUUGCAAUUCUGGUCCAAAUUCAAUUGUUUUCAAGAAUGCUUAAAGCAGUCAAAACAUAGGCCAAAAUUUACCUUCUAUGAUGGGCCUCCUUUUGCAACUGGACUGCCUCAUUAUGGACACAUACUUGCAGGGACAAUUAAAGAUAUAGUUACAAGAUAUGCUCACCAGAGCGGGUUUCACGUUGACAGAAGAUUUGGAUGGGAUUGUCAUGGCUUACCUGUGGAAUAUGAAAUUGAUAAGACACUGGGAAUCAGAGGGCCAGAGGAUGUGGCCAAAAUGGGGAUUGCAGAGUAUAACAAUCAGUGCCGCACAAUUGUGAUGAGAUAUUCUGCUGAGUGGAAGUCUACUGUUACCAGACUUGGCCGAUGGAUUGACUUUGACAAUGACUACAAAACUCUGUAUCCACAGUUCAUGGAAUCUGUCUGGUGGGUCUUUAAACAACUCUAUGACAAAGGCCUUGUAUACAGAGGGGUGAAAGUCAUGCCCUUCUCCACUGCAUGUAACACUCCACUUUCCAACUUCGAAUCCCACCAGAAUUAUAAGGAUGUUCAAGAUCCCUCAAUAUUUGUAACUUUCCCUUUGGAGGAAGAUGAAAGUAUCUCCUUAGUUGCUUGGACAACUACUCCUUGGACUCUCCCUAGUAAUCUUGCCCUCUGUGUUAAUCCAGAUAUGCAAUAUGUGAAGAUUAAAGAUGUUGCCAGAGGAAAAUUACUCAUUUUAAUGGAAGCAAGAUUGUCAGCCCUCUAUAAAAUGGAGAGUGACUAUGAGGUCCUUGAAAGAUUUCCUGGUGUCUCUCUCAAAGGCAAGAAGUACAAGCCUCUGUUCGACUAUUUUGUGAAGUGUAAAGAGAAUGGCGCUUUCACUGUGCUUGUUGACCACUAUGUGAAGGAGGAAGAAGGCACAGGGGUUGUACAUCAGGCUCCUUACUUUGGUGCUGAUGACUAUCGGGUCUGCAUGGACUUCAACAUUAUUCAGAAAGACUCACUCCCUAUUUGUCCUGUGGAUGCUUCAGGCUGCUUCACAGAAGAAGUAACACAUUUUGUGGGACAGUAUGUGAAGGAUGCCGACAAAAACAUCAUCAGGACCUUGAAGGAACAGGGCAGACUUCUUGUUGCCAGCACCUUCACACACAGUUACCCUUUCUGCUGGAGAUCAGACACUCCGCUCAUUUACAAAGCAGUGCCCAGCUGGUUUGUGCGAGUGGAGCACAUGGUGGAUCAGCUACUGAAGAACAACGACCUGUGUUACUGGGUCCCAGAGUUCGUGCGAGAAAAGCGGUUUGGAAAUUGGCUGAAAGAUGCACGUGACUGGGCAAUUUCCAGAAACAGAUACUGGGGCACCCCCAUCCCACUGUGGGUCAGUGAAGACUUUGAGGAGGUAGUUUGCAUUGGGUCAGUGGCAGAACUUGAAGAACUGUCAGGAGCAAAAAUCUCGGAUCUCCACAGAGAGAGCAUUGACCACCUGACCAUUCCAUCACGCUGUGGGAAAGGAUCACUGAGGCGCGUGUCUGAGGUAUUUGACUGCUGGUUCGAAAGUGGCAGCAUGCCCUAUGCUCAGGUUCAUUAUCCAUUUGAAAACAAGAGGGAGUUUGAAGAUGCUUUUCCUGCAGACUUCAUUGCCGAAGGCAUAGACCAAACCAGAGGAUGGUUUUACACCCUACUGGUGCUGGCCACAGCCCUCUUUGGACAACCACCUUUCAAGAAUGUGAUUGUGAACGGUCUUGUCCUGGCAAGUGAUGGCCAGAAAAUGAGCAAAAGAAAAAAGAAUUAUCCUGAUCCUGUUUCAAUUAUCGAGAAGUAUGGUGCUGAUGCGCUCAGAUUAUAUCUGAUUAAUUCCCCUGUGGUGAGAGCAGAAAAUCUCCGCUUUAAGGAGGAGGGCGUGCGGGACGUCCUUAAGGAUGUGCUGCUCCCAUGGUACAACGCUUACCGCUUCUUCAUCCAGAACAUCUUGAGGCUCCAGAAGGAAGAAGAAAUAGAAUUCCUCUACAAUGAGAGCACUGUUACAGAAAGCCCCAAUAUCACAGACCGGUGGAUUCUGUCCUUCAUGCAGUCGCUUGUGGGCUUCUUUGAGACCGAAAUGGCAGCUUAUAGGCUUUACACUGUGGUGCCUCGCCUGGUCAAGUUUGUAGACGUUCUAACCAAUUGGUAUGUCAGAAUGAACCGCAGAAGAUUAAAGGGUGAAAAUGGGAUGGAGGAUUGUGUCAUGGCCCUGGAGACCUUGUUUAGUGUCCUGCUUUCUCUGUGCAGACUAAUGGCCCCAUACACACCAUUUCUCACUGAAUUGAUGUACCAGAAUCUAAAGGUGCUGAUUGACCCAGCUUCUGUGCAGGACAAGGACACCCUCAGCAUUCACUACCUCAUGUUGCCCCGUGUUCGUGAGGAAUUAAUUGACAAGAAAACUGAGAGUGCAGUGUCUAGAAUGCAGUCUGUGAUUGAACUUGGACGAGUGAUCCGAGACCGCAAAACUAUUCCAAUAAAGUAUCCUUUGAAAGAAAUUGUGGUUAUUCAUCAGGAUCCAGAAGCUCUUAAUGAUAUCAAGUCUUUAGAAAAGUAUAUCCUUGAGGAACUGAAUGUUCGAAAAGUUACACUGUCUACAGAUAAAAACAAGUAUGGCGUUCGGCUAAGGGCAGAACCGGAUCACAUGGUCCUGGGGAAGCGUCUGAAGGGAGCCUUUAAAACCGUGAUGAUGGCCAUCAAGCAGCUGAACAGUGAGGAGCUGGAGCAGUUCCAGAAGAGUGGGAGCAUUGUCGUGGAAGGCCAUGAAUUGCAUGAAGAGGACAUCCGUCUCAUGUACACCUUUGACCAGGCCACAGGUGGGACUGCACAGUUUGAAGCUCACUCAGAUGCUCAGGCUUUGGUGCUCUUGGAUGUCACCCCUGACCAAUCAAUGGUGGAUGAGGGAAUGGCUCGGGAAGUCAUCAAUCGCAUCCAGAAACUUCGAAAGAAGUGUAAUCUGGUUCCAACUGAUGAAAUAACAGUCUAUUAUAAUGCAACGUCUGAAGAAAGGUACCUUAAUAACGUUAUUGAAAGCCACGCAGAAUUCAUAUUUGCCACCAUAAAAGCUCCCUUGAAACCAUACCCAGUUCCUACAUCAGAUAAAAUCCUUAUUCAGGAAAAAACACAGUUAAAGGGGUCUGAAUUGGAGAUCACACUGACUAAAGGAGCAUCCCUGCCUGGUCCUGCUUGUGCAUAUGUCAACCUUAACAUUUGUGCAAACGGCAGUGAACAAGGUGGAGUUUUGCUUCUAGAAAAUCCAAAAGGGGACAAUAGGUUGGACCUUUUAAAGCUGAAGAAUGUUGUUACUAGCAUUUUUGGUGUUAAAAAUACAGAGCUGUCUAUCUUCCAUGGUGAAACAGAAAUACAAAACCAAACUGACUUGAUGAGUCUUAGUGGAAAAACACUUUGUGUGACUGCGGGAUCAGUUCCCUCUCCUGUCAACAGCCCUAGUACUCUUCUCUGUGAAUAUAUCAACCUGCAGCUCCUGAACGCAGAGCCACAAGAGUGUUUAAUGGGAACAGUGGGCACCCUCCUGCUUGAAAACCCACUUGGGCAGAAUGGACUCACCCACCAAGGUCUCCUGUAUGAGGCAGCCAAGGUGUUUGGCCUGCGAAGCAGGAAGCUAAAAUUGUUUCUGAAUGAGACUCAAACACAAGAAAUCACAGAAGACAUCCCAAUGAAGACUUUGAAUAUGAAGACUGUGUAUGUUUCUGUGUUGCCAACAACUGCAGACUUCUAAUGUUGAAUUAUCAGUGUGGUUCAGUAAGCCUUUCCCUGACUUACACCCAUCACCUACACCUGUGUACACAUGGACCUGUUGAAGAUACUUCCUUCAGGUGCAUGUCUGAUAGGCCGCUUUGGGCCUAAAAUUCAAAUGGGAUUAAUUAAUUAACUUGAGACCUCACAUAAUAUUCACACUUAACCUUAAACACCUAUGCAGUCACGUUGGGGAAAGGUUAUGAUAUUACCUCAGCACCACAAAGUUUAUAGUUUAUUUCUCUACUUGAGUUCUUCAGUUACAGAAAGUAGAAGUGAUUUAAAUGGCACAGUAUAUAUACUUAUAUGUACAUCAUUUUGGCCUUUUAAAACUAAUUUGAGACCUCUUAAAGAAAUGAACAUGUUAUAUAUUACUUUAAGUUUCAGUAAAUCAAAAUCUCUCUCAGA